CCUCUGGGCUGCCAGCCAGCCGAAGGGAAAUGAAAAAUGCAGCUCCUGCUGGUGACUGACUUGCUGGCGACUAAUUUCGAAUUGCUUCCGCUCCAUGAAGAAAAUAGAGAAUUGAAACUAUCAGAAAAGAGCCAGAAAUAUUUAUUUACAGAGCACCAGCUACCCAGAAAGCUUUUCGAGACAGGAGCAAGUUUUUCUGAGGUGCCCAAGUGAACGCAGCUUUCAGCGAGUUGAAACCACACUUGAUCGAUUCAUUGCCACAGAGCCACUGAACCGCCUCGCAUUCCGCGAAUACUCGUACCAAAAAAGUAAAAGAAUAAUAUAAAAUAAAGCACCACCGAAAAUGCUGCGAACCAUCACUAUACUACUGCUGAUUGCGGUGACCAUCAAUGCAAAGGCCGUAAAUGUACCACAGCGAGCCAAGGCAAAUUUCCCUAAUCCAGUUUCUUUUCUUGAACCUGACUUUGAAGAAGCCAGCCCGACUCCGUUAGACGAGGAAUCAACCUUCAGGUCCUUGCCGACUGCAACUGUUACCUUGGGCGUGGAUUCGGAUGAGAUUGUGAUGACCAGUCCGGAAGGUGAGGCCUUCACCGAAGGCUUUCCCGCUGGCACUACGGAGGAGCCGCUUCCGGAGUCAGUGAUAAAUCAGCUGGAGAUGGAACGGGCACAGGAGGCCAAAAAGAAGGCAACUCCCGAGGAGUCUGAAAUGGAGGCAGAAACUGAGGCGACUGAGCCACCAACCACAACUGAUACUCCCAAACCACCAACCACUACUGAGACACCCAAAGUCACCGAAAAACGUUUCAAGUUCGGUGCCACUACAUUGCCACCUUUCUUUACCACUACCACCACCUUGGCUACAACCAUAAAACCGCUGGAGACCACCACCUUCACCUCCAAUACUGAAGAAACUACACAAAUUCCGAGCCAGGACCAGACAAUUAGAAACUACUUUGAGCGCAGAGAGGGAGUGGCCGAGGGAGAUCUUCUAAUGGCAGAGAAUCGCAUGGCCACCACCACAGAAGCUGUAGAGGAUACCACCAUUCUUCCCAACGAUCUAUCAUUGUUUGCGACAACCUUGGCCAAUCUAGUGGACGAUUCCACAUCUCCUAAAGAGGAGCAAAAUGAGCCCGUAGUAGAAACGACUCUCACGCCGCUCUUCCGAUUUGCUUUAAAUGCUGAGGCUACCACAGUCCAGCCGGAAAUCAAAGAAGAAAAAGCCACCACAGUGCCAUCUGAACAGGAGACCACAGAGUUACAGGCCUCCACCCAACCCCAAGAAACCACAACAGAGCCGGCGGAGAUCACAAGCCCCGCUGCAAUUACUGAACCCGCCCCACUGACCGCUAAGGAAGAGCCACAGUUAAGUGCCCAUCCAGAAGCCACCACAUAUGGCCCGGAGUCGACAACCACAACGGCAGCGACGACAACUGCAACGGCAGCGGCAACAACCACUACCAUAACCACUGUGGCUCCACAAACAAUAGCCACCACCACAACGCCCCGCCCUAUUCUAACGCGAGCUCCUCGAGUAGAGAGAAUCUUCAAUUCGGACGGAGUGGAGGUGCUCUACGGUUACUCGUCGGUGGUCCGGACAAACCGCUCAUGAUGCUGAGCAGUGCCACCGAGAAUGCGACCUUGUCAAGGUCGGACAGCUUGCCAUAAUGCGGAGUCACAAUGCGGAGACAUUGAGCGAUUGAUGCUCAGUUCGAUUUAGGCAAUUUUCAAUUCUAAACGAGUUAUAAGCAAAAAUAUUUAAAUAUCAUUCGUCGGUCCCAAGCACAGUGUGAUAAACCAAAAAACGUAACGUUCAACAUACUACAAGACACCACAAUAAUAUUGUGCAAAAUUGUGACCAGUCUGCCAAAUGACAAAGAAAUGCUGGAGGUAAACGAUUUUAUAAAUUAUAAAUAAAACAUGAACACCCAUG